ACUUUUUCGACGGCGCGCCCUCUGCCGAGACAGCCAGUUCCGUUUCCUCGUGUUUCUUUGCGAAAUUUACUCUGGGUGUCGGUUCGUUUCUUCUGUCUGUAACCACGAGAUCACGUUCUCUCUCUCUUUACUUCGCGACGGUUGUCUGUGUGGGUCGGAAUCGAUCGCAUCCGACUUCCCGCUGAUAAGUCCUUUCUUCCACGUACUUUGUGCAAUUCCGGUCCUCACUGUCUCCUCUAUCGGCUCUUCCUCCUACAUUCUUGUUCUCUUUUCUUCAUUCACAUUCGUCUCUUCUUCUUUUCUGCUCGUUUCGCCUUUCUCCCGCUUCCCCUUUCUUCUCCUUCCUUCUCCUUUUCUGCUCGUUUCGCCUUUCCUCCACUUCCCCUUUUGCUCUUUCUAGUUCCCUGGUUUUUCCGUCUCUCUCUCUUCAUUCGCUUUUGCAGGGAAGCCGCAUUCUGUGCAUUUCGUUCUUCCUGUUCUGCAUGCUUCCCUUAAUCCUCUCUGCUUGGGGUCCACCCAUGUGCUUCCUCUCUUCUGUGUCGAAUUUCCACGUUCCGCAGGAAACCGUUGGUCUCCUUCAGUUUUUAAAUGCAUCUUCGCGUCACCAAGUUGGUUCCCCCGAGAUCUUCUUCCACCUGAUUCCAAUGUUUUCUUCCAAACUCCGCGUCUUCCUCUGCGCCUCCCGUCUCUUCUCCUUCCUCACCUUCGACGGUCCCCCGGCUUCCGGCGACUGGACUCUGCGGCCGCUUGGUUACAGGACAGGGCGAGACCUCCAGCUGUUUUCCACACCCUCGUGAAGUCGAAUACACAGGAAGGAGAACGCAUCCACCAACAGCCGCAGAGCUCCCGUCUGUAGAGAACUCAGAUAACCUCCCUGCUCGGAGACCAGACAGGCCGAGGGAAGAGACCACGCAGUCCUGACGACGCGAGUACUUCAGGAAAACGUUCCUCUCGUCCUCAGGGCAGGAAUCACUGAGUCGGAGCGCUUGGUCUGAAAACCACAGAGAAACGCACGUCUCUCAAGCUGCCGGAGAAGUUGAGAAGAGUCUGGUCCCCGUCUCUGCCGUCAAAAAUCUCAGAGAAUGGACGGGAAUGCUUACGCGGCUAUGAGCUCAUGGGAUGGCGGAACGUAUCACCAGAGUCUCGAGGAGAGAGAAACUGAAGGCGAGAGACCGCCGAGAGAGGUGGACCUCGAUGCUCGGCCUCUCUGCUCUUCUGCUGUCCAUCCGUCGCCGCCCCUGCUCCUCCCCGCUGUCAAGACGCCGCGCCUUUGCUGCGGGAAUCGCUGUCUCGCGGGACCAGAACCUGGAGUUCUCCUCUUCGCUGUUUUCCUUCUCUCCGCCCCCGCCAUUCUAUUGUGUCACGACGUAUUGCCGCGACUCUCCGAGGGGAUACAAGUGAAGGCAGCCGCUGGCUUUGCCCUCCUUCUCGCCGCUGUAUUUGGAACUCUCUUCACCACUGCGUUCAGCGAUCCUGGAAUCAUUCCUCGACAGCCGCGCCCUGAAGAACUUCCGUCGGGACCCUCGAGGGUGAAGUUUGUGGUCAUCAACGGCGUCAGCGUUCCGCAGAAAUGGUGCACUACCUGCUGUCUGUUCAGGCCGCCGAGAACCAAACACUGUUCCACUUGCGAUAACUGCGUCCAGCGUUUCGACCAUCAUUGUCCUUGGGUCUCCAACUGCAUUGGGCAGCGCAACUAUCGAGUAUUCUUCUUUUUCGUCUUCUUUGCGGCGCUCUACGCUCUCGCUGUCGUCGUCGGGGCUGGCGCCGCAAUCAUUGCAGAGAUCCACAGCAAGGAUCUGAAGAUCAGCCUCGAGUCGCUGUGGCAGACGGCCCGCGAUUGUCCUCGACUAGCAGGUCUGUUCGUCUACGGCGUCUGCUGCUGCAUCCCGCUCGCGAAUCUCUGUUGUUUCAACUUCUACUUGAUUCUCAACAACCUGACGACUAACGAGGACGUUUUACAGUUGUUCCCGGAAAGAAAUCCGUACUCUCUAGGCUGUUUGACCAACAUUUUCUACUUCUUCUCGCAUCGGGUGGAACCCAGUCUCCUCGGCGACGCGCGUCCUGCUAGGUCUCUGGGAAACGCUCCGUUUUUCUCGGAACCGCCCGCCGAACGAAGCAAGGCUUCUCUCUUUGAGUCCCCGACAGCAUCUAGGCAGCAACUCGAACGGCACUGCGUCUUGCCGCUCUCAGAUCCGCCAUGUGUCCAGACACCUGCGUCGGCGCGAGAAGUCCGGUCUUCCUUUUCCGCGCAAGUCUAGAAAAGAUGGAGUUUCAGAGCUCCUUCACGAAGCCAAAAUCCCCCUCAGCUUUGUUUCGCGGGACUCUGGCAGGGCCCGGGAAGCAGGAGGAAGUGCACUGGACACCCCAGACCGUGUAGAAAGAGCUGGUUUUCAGUCCGUAGCUUCGCUGUUUUCGCAUAUCGUGGUCUUGCAUAGACGUUUGUAGAUUACGUCGCUUCCGGCACACAAUGAGGCCACACCAAGGCCGCAAAGGAAACAGUCUUCCAAAACAGAAAGGGAUGUUCUUCUGGGAAAGGCGGAGGCAGUGCGUGCAUGCUUUUCUGCAAAACGGUCUCUCAAGCAGCGAUCACGCCUUCUUGGGUUUUCAGGAUUCCAUGCUCAGCGAAUUCUAGGGUACGGCACGUAAGCACGCACUGAGCUCAACAGACAAACACCGGGAACAUGACAGACAUUUGUGGACUGGCCUGCAUGAGAUACAUCUCGACUUAGAUCGGUGGACACAGAUCUCUCUCUCGGAUGGCUGAGGCUCUGCAGAGGCUCUCCACGGGCCGCAGUCUCUCCUUUUGCUACUCAAUCUCUCUCGUCGAAAGGGGAGUAUCUGUGCUUCCCUAGGUGUGUGUGCGUGUGAAGGUUGAAGCACCAGUUUUUUCUGCGAACUCGCAAAACUGCGUUUUUUUCUUAAAAGUCAACCUGCGUA